UUUUCUCUCUUUUAUUGUCACUGUCAAUGUCAAGUCAAUAGGCCCACGGAAGAAAAAUUGAAGAAAAAUGAUUUUCCGGAAAAACAUGUAGAUCUAACAAUGAAUUAUAAAGAAACCAACCACCUCUCCCCUUUUAAUUUCCAAAUGACACAAAUCAAUUAAAAUUCAUCUUGUUAUUUCUAUGAAGUUAAUUGUUUACAAAAUGAAUUAUCUAACUAUAGACGCAGUUGCCCCACGUUAACAUAUUUAUCCAAGAAAAUGGUCUAAAAACCCUUUAUUUGCUGCUACAUUAGGCUAAAAACUGUAAAUAAUGUUUAAAUUACAAAGUCUACGCUUGCUGGCCGCGAGAAAAGAUAGGAAUAAAUUAAUUCGAUCCUGUACAACAAAAUCUCAAGCUGAAGAUGAAAAAGAGAAAGAACUACAGAGGAUUGCUAAAGAUGCCUCAAUAGAUGAACCACCAACAGCUUGCUGUCAAUCAGGGUGCUCAAAUUGUGUGUUCAUAGUAUGGGCUGAAGCAGUAUCGGCUAAAGUGCAAAAUGUUGGCCCAGAAGUCAGUGAAAAGAUACUGAACAUGGUGGAAGAUCCAUCAAUGAAAGCCUACCUUGAAAUGGAACUGAGACUACGAGGGCUUAAGAAAUGAUUGCAAUGUCCUGUUUUUAUUUUUUUAUAGUAGAUUUCUUACUCAGCACUGGCAGCAGCAGCACUUAUAAAGCACUGGUACUCAGCUACAUCCGGUUAGACUGGAAGCUGACCCCAACAUAGUUGGGAAAAAGGCUCGGAAGAUGACUUCUUACUCAGCUUCAUUUGAUUAGACUGGAAGCAAAACUCUCAUUGUUGGUUGAAAGAAAUUAUGAAUUUACUUACAUAUUUAUACAUAAGUAUGGAAAAAGAAAACAUGCUAUGCUGACCCAAAAUUAAAAGAUAAGGGAGUGAGAUUUCUGCCUUAAAUGCCCCUUUAUCUUUUCUAGAAAGAAAAUAUUAGAACAUGUUUUAAUGUAAUGUGUAAUCAUUCAUCUGUUCAAGUGAAUUUCACAUUGUCAUAAAUACGAUAUGAAAUAGUUCUAAAUGUUAGUCGUCACAUUCAUGUUUUUUUUGUGAAAAUGUAGGGUGCCUGGUAAAUAAUGAGCUGUCUGAAAAUUUGGGCAAAGCUCAAAGUUUGUAACAGCUGAUAAGUUAUUGUGAUGAAACUCAUGAAUAUAAAUAAAUUUUUUUUGGGGAAAAAUUUUAUAAUCAAGGGUAGAAUCACGUGUUCAAGUAUCCGUCACUAGCUAACAGUGACAAUAAAUCAUCCUCCAAGCCAUUUUCCCAACUAUGUUGGGGUCGGCUUCCAGUCUAACCGGAUGUAGCUGAGUACCAGUACUUUACAAGGAGCGACUGCCCUAUCUGACCUCCUCAACGCAAUUACCUGGGCAACCCUUACCCCCUGGUUAGACCCUUGGUUAACAGUCAUAAUAAGUAUAUAUUUUUAAAGAUUUUGAUUAUGUAUAACAAGUAUUGUGAUAGAACAGAUUUAUUAUUUUGUUAUUAUUGUUUACUUUUUAAAAGACUUCAUUAUUAUUUUGUUUUAUGAAGUUCAGUUCCAUCAUAGUACAAAACACAGUAUUCAUUACAUUCUCAUGUUUAGAUUAAGUCUAGAAUUUUUUAAAUAUAUAUUUUGUUAUAAUUUAA